CGUGUCCCAAAGUCCAAAACCCAACCCACAAUGGCCGCCACCUCGCCGGCCCCGGCGCCGCCGCGCAUCCUCCUCGCCGGGGAUGCCCACGGCCGACUCCACCAGCUCUUCAAGCGCGUCAAAUCGGUGAACCAGUCAACGGGGCCGUUCCACGCGCUGCUCUGCGUGGGGCAGUUUUUCUCCCCCGAGGGUGCUGCAGAGGGCUCACCGGAGGACGUCACCGACUACCUCGAGGGGCGCGCUUCCGUGCCCAUCCCGACCUACUUCACCGGCGACUACGGCCCAGCCGCGCCGCGAUUGCUAUCGAAGGCCGCCGCUGGUGCUCGCGGGUUCGCACCCGGUGGCAUCGAGAUAUGCCCCAACGUCUUCUGGCUUAGGGGAAGCAACCGCUUCACCCUCCACGGUUUGUCGGUGGUUUAUUUGUCAGGGAGGAAAGGGUUAGGAGGGCCUGGCUGUUACAGCCAGGAUGAUGUGGAUGCCCUACGGGCUCUUGCAGAAGAGCCAGGGAUUGACGAUCUGUUCUUGACUAAUGAAUGGCCGACUGGAGUGGUCAGUGGGUCUGACACUUCCAAUGUGCCUAAUCAGGUUUUGGAUCCCAAUGGGUAUGAUCCUAUUGUUGCUGAAUUGGUUGCUGAGAUUAAACCAAGAUAUCACAUUGCUGGCACAAAAGGUGUCUUUUACUCAAGGGAACCAUAUGUCAAUGAUUCUGCUGCUCAUGUUACCCGCUUUAUUGGACUUGCUAAUGUUGGAAACAAAGAGAAGCAGAAAUUUAUUCAUGCGAUUUCUCCUACUCCAGCAUCUGUCAUGUCCAGUGCUGAUAUCAAUGCCAAGCCUCCAAACGCCACUUUGUCACCAUAUGUUGGUUCAGCAAAAUCAGUUCCUAUCGAAGAAGCUCCAAAACGUGCAGCGGAGAACAUAGAUUCACAAUAUUGGCGUUAUGAUGUCAAGCGGCAAAGGCAUGGGGAAGCUGGUGGGGGUGGAUUGUGUUUCAAAUUUGUAUCCUCAGGAUCCUGUCAAAGAGGGAGUAGAUGCAGUUAUAGGCAUGAUGAAGAGGCAGUGGAGCAUUACCAGAGAAAUGUCUGUUUUGAUUUUCUAAACAAAGGAAAAUGUGAGAGGGGCCCAGAAUGCAAGUUUGUUCACAGUCUUUCUGGGGAGACUGCUCUAAGGGAUGCAAGACCUCCUAGUGAAAGAAGACGAGUGGAGAGCAGUUGCUGGUUCUGCUUGUCGAGUCCAGAUGUCGAGUCACAUCUUGUCAUUAGCAUCGGUGAAGGUUACUACUGCACACUUGCAAAGGGGCCACUUGUUCCAAAUCACGUUCUAAUGAUUCCCGUGGAACACUGCCCCAGUACAUUGAUGAUGCCUCCGGAAGCAGAGGCAGAACUUGGGAGAUAUAAGAUUGCUCUGAGUAAGUACUUUGAGAAGCAAGGAAAAACUGCAGUCUACUUUGAGUGGGUUUCACCACGCUCUCACCAUGCAAACCUGCAGGCUGUUCCUGUACCAUUGUCUAAAGCAGACGCUGUUAACAAGAUAUUUCAUCUAGCAGCCAAAAAACUGGGAUUUGAAUUCUCUAUGGUGAAUCCAGAUGGUGCAAAAACUGCUAGAGAAUCAUUGAUGUCUCAAUGCGAAAGCAAAUCAGGGCUGUUUUAUGUUGAGCUCCCGGAAGGUAGAAUUCUCUUGCACAUGGUCGACAGUAACGAGAAGUUCCCUGUUCAGUUUGGACGCGAGGUGUUAGCGGGACUGCUAAGCAUGGCGGAUCGUGCAGAUUGGAGGAACUGCAAGAUUUCAAAGGAGGAAGAGAUUAAACUGGUGGACGAUUUCAAACAAGGUUUCCGCGAAUUUGACCCUGCAGAGUGAAAACAAUGCUCUGCGCCUGUGUUUUUGUUUUGCAAUUUGUAGUCUAUUUUUGAGGUCUCAUUUGAAAUGGACAUAUAUGAAGCACAAGAAUGUAGUAACGUUUUCCAAUGCCGCAAUUUUUGUUUUAGGGCUAGUUUUGGAACCACAUUUUUUCAAGGGAUUUUCAUUCUCCUAAGC